CCUGUGCUGUCCGCAGUCUCUGGUCAUCUCCUGUACUGUCCGCAGUCUCUGGUCAUCUCCUGUACUGUCCGCAGUCUCUGGUCAUCUCCUGUACUGUGUCCGCAGUCUCUGGUCAUCUCCUGUACUGUGUCCGCAGUCUCUGGUCAUCUCCUGUACUGUCCGCAGUCUCUGGUCAUCUCCUGUACUGUGUCCGCAGUCUCUGGUCAUCUCCUGUACUGUGUCCGCAGUCUCUGGUCAUCUCCUGUACUGUGUCCGCAGUCUCUGGUCAUCUCCUGUACUGUGUCCGCAGUCUCUGGUCAUCUCCUGUACUGUGUCCGCAGUCUCUGGUCAUCUCCUGUACUGUGUCCGCAUCUCUGGUCAUCUCCUGUACUGUGUCCGCAGUCUCUGGUCAUCUCCUGUACUGUGUCCGCAGUCUCUGGUCAUCUCCUGUACUGUGUCCGCAGUCUCUGGUCAUCUCCU